AUGACCGCCACAUCGCCAAACCCGCCCUGGGUCUUGAAGAAGAAGGCAGUUCUUGUUUCUACAGGCGAUUUGGAAGUUUCUUGUUUUGCUCGCCUUCGUAUUGCUCACGAUAAAAAUGCCAACCAAGGAUCCAUCUCCCUUAGGAUUACGGCGGAUCUUGCUAACCUGAACGGCAGAUCACAGGUACUGACGUUGAAUGUUCCUCCAGAAUUAGUCGAAGAAUGCGCGUUAGCCCGGAUAAGCAACGACGGCCUCUGUUCACCUCGUUUGGUUUCCAUGCUCCGGGCGUCUGUCACCAGUGUUUCGGCCGUAUCCACACUGAGUCUGAGACUCGCUACGACCGGCAUUGUUCUUUGUCCAUCUGGGAUGGAGUCUCUAAGCCCGGCCGAUCAAGGAGACUUGAAUUUUGACGCAUUUGCAAAGAUCUGUCAGUCCAAAUCUCUACGUCUACACUUUUCUAGGAGACAAUUUGUGAACGACGAACUUGAUCGGUUGGAGACCUUCUCCUUUGCCUUGCAAAAGAGAAGUCUUCAGGCAGAGUCUUUUGACCACGCUCGCCAUGGCGUGGUCCGGAGAGAUUGGCGUGCCUUUAGUCUGUUGCUCGAUCCACCCCCAUACUGUGAAGGGCCCAUGUCCGGGCAGUUGGAGCAAGUGGAUCCACCUCUAUAUUGCGAGGAAUCCAAGUCCGAGCGGGUGGUUGGAAAGCGGUGCAGAGGUACCUUACUAUCUCAUCGUCUUAUUACAUAUCUAGACCAGUGGUCAAUGCCACCCGACGAUGAAAGACGAAAAAGACUGCUCCUUCCCUCCCCACAACUGCCAGGCUCUCCCACCGAAGUCAAUACGCCGAGUACUCACCCCCCGUCACCGCCCUCAAUCCGCCCAACCCACUUUACGCAUGCUUCCUCUCCUGGGCGCACAGAGCGUGACAUACUUGCGCGUCUUGAGCAUGAGCUCCGUGGUGUUUCCGAUGACCUGAUCUGCAAACUAUUAAUUCGGACAGGACGCCAACACCUGCUGGCCAUGCCAGAAGCUGUAGACAUUGGCCUGCCAUCUGAGUCCGCGAAAGUCAGCCUUGCCAAGGUCGCGCCGAUGGAACGCCGCCUUCAACGAUAUGUCGAUGAGAUGAUCGAGCGCCGCCUCCAAUCACGCGUUGUCGACGAGAUUGUCGACAGUGCGGUGAGGGAGUGUCGCGAUCAGAUCUUCGACGAAUGCAAAACGAUCGAAGCCGACUUUCGCGAGCAGGUCGACGAUGGUAACUCCGAGGUACGCAAUACGGCCAAUGAAUGUAUGAAGGAAAUGAAAGAACAGGUACAAAAGCACAUGCAUGAAAUAGAAGAUCAAGCGCAGCAGUGCAUGAAUGAUAUCGAGAAUCAGGGAAUCGAGGUGGAGAUAUCUGCGGAGGAAACAGUUGCGAAGUUCAAGCGCUGGUUCAAUGCUUCUUCGGCCCGGUCCUUACUUGAUAGCAAGUCAGGCCCUAGCCAUGAGCUGGGCACUGAUGUCAGACGCAGUUCCGUUUAG